CCCUCACGGUACUUGUUCGCUAUCGGUCUCAGGCCAAUAUUUAGCUUUAGAUGGAAUUUACCACCCAUUUUGAGCUGCAUUCCCAAACAACUCGACUCUUAGAAAGUGUAUCACAUGAUCAUAGUAAUCUGCAUCAAAGACGGGAGUUUCACCCUCUAUGCCAACCUAUUCCAAGGUACUUAUACGCAGGCUACAAUCGAAAACACUUCUUGAGAUUACAAUGCGGUUGCCUGAAAGACAACAGCUUUUAAAUUUGAGCUUUUCCCUCUUCACUCGCCGUU